UUAUAUUAUUGGUAAAAUAGUGAUGUUAUUAAUAUUCCGAUGUGUUUAUUCUGUAUUUUUAUGUUACGAUGAGAACGCGCUUACUUGGCAGUACAUGGUAGUUACCUACUCUUUAGUGAAUAUGAUAGCUGUUGUUAGGAAGGCAGGAUCCACGAUUCACGAGUCAAGUUCGGUGGGGCUCAGUCUGGGUCAGUAGAGUGCCGGACUCGAAUGUGUCAUCAGGUCAAUGUGCUAUACAUUAAAAUCAAGACGUUAUGAUUUCAAAACUAUCAAGAAUUUCGUUCAUUUUCAUCGCUACCUUUCUCAUUUCGAGAACCAUAGCUGUUGUACAUCAACCACAAACAUUUUCAUCAACAGAUUUGCCUACAGUUGAUUCUGGGCAAGAACCUCCUGAAGGCUAUUAUGCUUUUAUCGAAGCUCCGAGAAUGGAACCGCCUCAAGUCCGUUCUCCGCCUUACUUUAAAUCUAAUAAAUUGUGUCCAGGGGUCAACAAGAAUCCAUCAGCAAAAACAUUGAAUAAUUUAUGCGGAGACCUGAAUAAAGCUUUUUUACCAGUGAAUCCAAUGAAACAAAACGUUUUAGGAACACCAUACCCAUUUGAGUUAAUGAAGAACAAAACAUUGGAAUUCUUCAGCAGAACAUUGCCAAUACUUAAAGCGGACGAGACUAUUCCAAAAGUAGCCAAAUAUGUGCCACCCGAAUCGUAUUACCAUAGUAGUACAACCCAAAAAUACUUACAUGGAAAACCUUUUAGGCGAAGAGCUAAGUAUACUAAUCCAGAUUCUCUUGAUGAUGUAAACAUGGAAGAAGACGAAGAUAUUCCUAUAAAUUCUCAAAAUAGUACUAGACAUUCAAGAAAAUUUUGUGACACAAACGGAGGAGUAUUUUGCAUGCUGUAUAAAGUAAUACAAGGACAAGCACUGUCCGGACUUAUGGCUCAACGACGAACUGAACAAUUAGAAUAUAGAACACGUGACCCAGCUCAUGCUACUGGUAGUGUUAUGGAUGGGCCACCCACUCCUUGUCCGGCUAAAGUAGAAUAUGCUACACCAGUAUUUGCUCGGAACUACCAGGGCAUGUGGCGAUAUGUAGUGCAAAUUCCAUAUGAAGGAUAUUUCACCCAAACUGUUGAGGUGACAAAGUGCACUCAAACCAAAUGUCAUUACAUAGAGGGUGGAUGUCUGUCAUCACCGAGAUGGGUGAGUUUGUUGGUUGCAGAGGUUUAUUAUCCAGACACGUAUUUACCGUCAGUUUCUAACAAUCGAAGAUUACCUGUACCACCACAACAACAAGGUAUGUAUAAAACACAGUCGCAAGGUGAUGAACCACCUUCGGUACAAGAUUUUCAAAACUACCAGCAAUAUUUACAUAAACGUGCUACUCAAGGUCCUGCUGAUCCUUUACCCUCUCAAUCAUCAACUUCGACAUCGAAGAAAAAGCACCACUGUGAUGGUGUGGACGAACUCGGAUGUUUUCAAGUGAGACUUUACUAUGACUGGUUUUUAAUUCCUGGUAGUUGCAAAUGCUGGAGACCAGAUUAUUUUUCAAGAUAUGUAAAAAGAAAAUCAACAUCGCCUGAACUAUAAGUGUUUUUAUUUAAAUAAUAUAUAUGUAAAUAUGAAUUUAUCUAUUAAUUUAUUGUAGAAAAUAUAAUUAAUAUUGUCUCGUAAAUUAUUUAAGACUCAAUAGAAGUAUAUAAAUAGUUUAUAAACAGGACGAUUAACUAAAGACACCCACUUUUUAUUUAGUAAUGAAGUUGUUUAAAAUCUGAUUUU